GUGUGCUACGUCAUCACAAACUAGCCAAUCAUCACCCAUCUAGGACGGAAGUGGUUGAUUUGAAAACUGGCAGUUGAAGGCGAGGCUGUUUUUCGUGGUCCAUAAGUGAAACGUGAUUAUUGACAGCAUAAACACGAUGGAAGAAGAGGAGCACACAGACAGAAAGCAGGAGCUUGCCAGGCUUUCUCAAAGGAUCCACACAAUAAAAAAGUGUCUCAAUGAAGAUGACACAGACAAUAUUAACCGGGUUAUUGAUUCCAACUCACCUAAAUCAUGCCUCUCAUAUUUGACGGACCUGGAGAAGAAAGGGAACCCUCACUUGAAUCAUAACCACCUCACCAGACUUAUUGACUUUUAUACCAGAGUAUUCUCCAAUAUGCCACUGGAAAAAUACUGUGGGAAUGAGAGCUAUGCCAGGAUGUUGGUCCGCUUUGCAGAACUAAAAGAAAUUCAGGAUGUCGAUGAGGCUGACGCUAACUUCAACGUGGCGCAAUCUCACUGCCCAAACUUUGCAUUUGUUCACAUUGCAUGUGCACGGUUUGAACAUUCUCGAGGCAACACCAAGAAAGGCAUUUACAUAUUGCAGAAUGCUCUUCAACUGGGAGCCAGACCGAAGGAACUGCUGGAGGCUGCGUUGAAAAGCAUGCAGUCAGGGAAAACAAAGCUCUACUGUUCAGAGGAUAAGGAAAAUCUAACAUUGUCGUCCAGCAAUAAUGUACACAGUUCUGUCCAAAAAGGCUCAGCAUUCCAAAAAGUAUGCAGAACAUCGGAGGACUCGGGUGACUUACAGCUCUCCAGCAUUUUUGGUACAGGGACAGAGCAACAUGGUGGAUCCUCAGAUGAUCAGCUGUCAGGGUGGAGAUAUGGAUAUAAUUGCAAGAGAGCAGUUGGAAUGCCAGGGAGAGUUCCCCUGGUACCUUUCUCCAUUCUAGAAAAAGAUGAUGAUGACAACAUCGAUGGAAGGCCCUUAAACAGAACUUAUUCACCAAAAUUCUCCAGUUUGUCCAGGCAAACUUCUGUUUCAAACGUGAACCCCUUUAAUGGGCUAUCAUCAUCAUCAUCAAUGAGAAAUGCUCACGGUGAAGAGGCUUUAUUCUGUAAACCACAACUUGUCAGCCCGGAGCCGACCUGGGAGGAGCAAGCAGCUUUGGACUCCACCACCACACUCCUUCACACACACACCAGGGACACCUCCAGAAUGGAUGAUGUUACCUACAACUUUGACCAGGUGAUCAAUACAAACUCCCCAGAGUCGUGUUGGGCUUUUCUGACAGACCUGGAGAAAAAACGCGACCCUCGCACCGAUAUCAACAUGCUCAAUAAGCUCAAGGACUAUUACUCUAAAAUCUUCCACAAGCUGCCAAUAAGCAAGUUCAGCAAAAACGUCUGCUAUGCCAGGAUACUGGUCAGAUAUGCACAACUCAAGGGGAUUGAAGACCCUGAUGACGCGCAGAAUAAUUUCGUAGUUGCAAGUUACAACUGCAAAAGCUUUGCUUUUGUCCACAUAGCACAUGCUCAGUAUGAGCUUUUGCACGGUAAUGUGAUCAAGGCAACUUCGAUUCUGCACAAAGCCCAGACGUUAGACGCAAGUCCAGCAGAGCUGUUGGAGCUGGCCCUACGUAACCUAAAAGCUGGAGAGAAGCAGCUCGUGCCUAACGAAGAGGAGGAACCGUCCACAGAUUUGCAAGCAAGUGUUCCAGUCAGUGCGUUUUCUUCUGGGAGAAUCCAGCAGCCUCAUCGUCCUGGUCAGGUCCCUGUGAGCCGCUCAGUGGAACAGCCCCAAGCUGCCAGCAGCAAGCUUCCAUCAGAGUGGAAGAUGCGAACAAUCAUCGACCGACACAUUUCCCCAGAGGAUAAACGAACAACACCUCCUGACCCCAGACCGAUUCCACAUGUUCUUGAGUCUCUCCCCAUCCCAUCCUUCCAUCCACCUCCAAGACCAAACCCACAGGCAGUCUGUCAGACUCCAAACGGCUACAGAAACCCCUCUACUAACAGCUUCAACACUCCUGUUGUGAGGAGAGUUGCUGAAGUGCCUUCCUCUGCAUUGGUAGCGCACAGAGCUGGACCCGCUCAGCUGCCAUGCACACCACUGAGCCAGGCAUCCGGUUUCCAAACCCCACAGGCUUCUCUCCCUGCGUUUUCAAAUGAAACCAUCACCAUUAAGGGCAAACAGUUCUUCGUACUCAAGAUGAUUGGACGUGGCGGGUCCAGCAAGGUCUACCAGGUCCUGGAUCACAAAAAGCAGCUGUUUGCAGUGAAAUACGUCGACUUGGAGGAAGCUGACGCUCAGACAAUAGAGAGCUACAGAAAUGAGAUUCAGCAUCUGAACCACCUGCAGCAGUACAGCGAUCAAAUCAUCAAGCUGUACGACUAUGAAAUAACCAACAGCCACAUCUACAUGGUGAUGGAGUGUGGGAACUUGGAUCUGAACACUUGGCUGAGAAACCGCAAAACUGUGAAUCCGCUGGAGAGGAAGUUCUACUGGAAGAACAUGCUGGAAGCCGUCAGCACCAUCCACAGCCACGGGAUCGUCCACAGUGACUUGAAGCCGGCAAACUUUGUCAUUGUGAACGCUUCGCUGAAGUUGAUUGACUUUGGCAUCGCAAACAGAAUCCAGCCAGAUGUGACGAGUAUUAUGAAGGAUUCACAGGUUGGAACGUUGAACUACAUGCCCCCUGAAGCUAUCAAAGACACUUCCUCCAAGCCAGGAAAAUCCUGCUCUAAGAUCAGUACCAAAGGUGACGUGUGGUCGCUGGGAUGUAUCCUGUACUGCAUGACAUACGGGAAAACUCCUUUCCAGAGCAUCACCAAUCAGAUUGCCAAGCUGCACGCCAUCAUCGACACCUCCCACCACAUCGAAUUUCCGGACAUCUUGGAGAAGGAUCUGCUGGAUGUGUUGAAGAGCUGCUUGGUACGAAACCCCAGAGAGAGAAUUUCUAUUAAAGAGCUGCUCGAGCAUCCGUACAUGCAGCUGAAGGAACAACAUUCAUGUACACCAACAGGUCCAAGUAACAGGGAUCUGCAGAAGAUCCUAACAGACCUUGCAGCCCUCGGGUCUCCACGCAGCAUCACCCGAGCUGCUAAUAACCUGGCCAAAAUGUGCAGCAGCGGCAGGAAGUUGGAUGUUGCCGAGUGUGCAAAGUCGACCUAACUAUCGUUAACUCUGUGAUGUGGAUAUAAGUUACUUUCCUGUUCUUUUUUUGUACUUCUCUUCUCCUCUCCACUUCAGUAGAGGAACAGUUUAUUCUUUAACUUGUAGAAAUAACACAUUUUUAUUUGUGUCUUUAUGGCUAACACGAUCAUCAUAUUGUUUCAUAUUGUUCUUUGAUGAUAAUUGUUAGUAUACAGCAUAGAAAAAUAAAUGUACUGUAUCCUUA